CCGCGCCGCCGCCACCGCCACCGCCGCCGGCGCCGCUCCUCCUCCGUGUCAGUUGUUGGGCUGUAAUGGCGACUGGGCCAACGCUGCCGAAGUGACUCCCGGGCGAGGGAGCGGGGCCAGACCAGCGCCAGAGAGAACUGCAGAGAGCCGCAGCUCAGGGGGUGGCUUGCUGUGGGGGAGGGGAGGCAGCCCUUCCGCCUCUCCUUCCUUCCCUGCGGACCGGCGGAUCCCGGGAGCCGGUGCGAGGCGGGCGCCCGGUACGUCCCCGGAGCGGGGAGGCCAGGCCAGGCAGCCCUGGGGCCGGUCGGGGCGGCGUCACUGCACCCUCCGCCAGGCCCCGCGGGAUGCACCGUGGGAGCCGAGGGCGGAGGCGACACUCUCAGCCUGCAUGAUAUGAAAGACAAUUAAAUGGUGUAGAUGGACACAACACAAUGCCUUUAUUUUUAUGUGGUGCUGAGGAUUGAACCUGGGUCCCGCCCGUGCUAGGUAAAUUGGCAGGAUGAGGAGCAGCAAAUCAAAAGAGGUGCCUUUACUAAAUCCAAGGAACUCUCAAAGCAAGGAUACUGUUCAAGUAGACAUAACCACACCGUGGGAUGCACUUUCUCAGACCAAGGCUGCUCUGAGACAUAUUGAAAACAAAUUAGAAGUAGCCCCUUCAAGUACAGCUGUGUUUGAUUCUGUCAUGGAUGCCAAGAAAUCUUCUGCAAGUGCUAUCCGAAAAAUUAGUAGAAAAGACGGUAGAUACCUAGAUGAUUCUUGGGCCAAUGUUCCAACUUCCAAGUCUGCUAAAUCACGAAAAGAGAAAUCUCGUAGUCCUCUCAGAGCUACCACCCUGGAGAGUAAUGUGAAGAAAAAUAAUCGUGUGGAAUUUCGUGAACCUUUGGUUUCCUACAGGGAAAUUCUUGGUGCAUCUUCCAACUUAAGUCCCAGCCAUCUGGAGUCAAAGCAUGUAUAUUGUGUGGAUGUUAAUGAAGAAAAGGCUGAGAGCGGGAACCGGAUGCUACACAAUCAAGAACGGAAUAUACAUUGCUGUGACUUUGAGAGCUCCCAAUCAUCUGUCAUCAGUGAUACAGUUGUAAGGUUUUUAAAUGAUCGACCAGCAGUUGAUACAUUGCAUAAUUCAGAAUGUUUGAUUAAGAUGGGAACUCCUAUGAGGAUUGAAGAAGAAAUGCCUAAUAGAGCAAAAGGAAAUGAGAACAGUUCAAAGCUUUCUGUGAAUAACAUGGGCCAUGAUGUUGAUCCAAAAAUGUUACGGCUAACUGACUCUUCUCCAUCCUCUGCUAGCACUUCUAGUUCCCAAAGGUUAGAUAUUUUAAAGCGGCGACAACAUGAUAUUAAACUGGAAAAACUCAAGGAACGGAUUAGGAAACAAUGGGAACACUCAGAAGAAAUAAGUGGCCGGGGCCAGAACCUGGGUCCUAUUGAUCAUCCAGUAAUGGUUGUUAAUGUUGAUAGCUCAGUGACAGCAAAAGUCAGGAAAGUGGCAACAGCACCCCCCGCUCCGACAUAUAAAGGUUUCAACCCUUCAGAGACCAAGAUUCGAACGCCUGAUGGGAAAGUAUGGCAAGAGGCCGAGUUUCAAAACAUGAGUAGAGAACUGUACCGUGAUUUAGCACUUCACUUUGCAGAUGAUAUCUCUAUAAAAGAGAAACCUGCUGACAAAAGUAAAGAGAAGAAAGGGGUCAAGCCAGUACGAAAAGUUCAAAAGGUAACACAGUUAUCAAGUCCAGAAUGCAAAACAGGUAAUAGUCGUGUGAUAAGUACAUCUUCUUGGCGAGAUGGACAAAAAUUAGUAAAGAAAAUUCUGGGACCUGUGCCCAGAAUAGAGCAGAAAGAGCCAAGAACAGCAUCCAGUGACAGAAAUGGAAGAGAAAAAACUACUAAAUCUGGGGGUCAUAUUGGAAGAGCAGAAUCUGAUCCCAGGUUGGAUGCUUCACAUAGACCUCUUCCACGAAGCUCAGAACGUUCAAGAAGUAGAGCUCGGUCUGAAAAUAAUAUAAAGAAGUUAGCUCCAUCUCUUCCAGAAAAUAAACAGGAGGAAAGUACUGCCUUAAAUAAGGACUUUUUACCUGUUGAAAUCCGUGGCAUUCUUGAUGACUUACAGCUAGAAUCUACAGCUCAGACCUCUAGGCCAGAAACUGGAGAGUUACAGAAUCAGAAGGCAUCAGCACCUGUCCAGGUUCCUCGGAGUCAUAGCCCAGUGAAAAGAAAACCUGACAAAAUAACAGCCAACGAAGAGCCCCCUGUUAUUUCCAAAAAGCGCCAUUAUGACACUGAUGAGGUACGACAGUACAUUGUUAAACAGCAGGAAGAAAGGAAGAGGAAGCAAAACGAAGAGAAGAAGGCUCAAAAGGAGGCUACUGAACAGAAGAAUAAACGAUUACAGGAACUCUACCGGAAACAGAAAGAAGCUUUUACUAAAGCAAAAAAUGUGCCUCCUGAUCCAUCAGCAGCUAGAAGGCUACAGGAAACUUACUCCAAAUUGCUACUAGAAAAGACCUUGCUGGAAGAGCCAGCUCAUCAACAUGUUACACAGGAAACUCAGGUCAGACCAGGGUAUCAGCCAUCUGGAGAAUCUGACAAAGAAAAUAAAGUACAGGAACGUCCCCCAAGUGCAUCUUCCAGUAGUGACAUGUCUCUAUCAGAACCCCCACAGCCCCUUGCAAGAAGAGACUUGAUAGAACCUACAUGGAUGCAGCCUGACAGAUUGAGCCCACGGAUUCAUAAUUCCCAACCACAACCUCUUGUUGGAACAGCUGGAAAUUUACUUUCCCAUCUCUUAAAUCUAGAACAUGUAGGAAUUUUGCAUAAGGAUUUUGAGUCUAUUUUACCAGCCAGGAAGAAUCAUAAUAUGACUUCAGGACCAUUAAGUUUUACACCUCAACCAUAUCUGACCUCACCAGCUGCUCAUCCAGAUGCCUUGUUAAAACCUAGUGCCAGCCAGUAUAAGAGUAAACUGGAUCGUAUUGAAGCUUUGAAAGCAACAGCUGCUUCUUUGUCUAGCAGGAUUGAAAGUGAAGCCAAGAAAUUGGCUGGGGCCAACAUUAACUAUGGGUCAGUGUGGAACACUGAGUGUGAAGUGCAGCAAGCACCUCAAGAAGAUGGACCUUGGACAAAGGCUCAAAGUCCACCUGUGAAAGAGGAUACCGAAGAUGUUUUUUCUGCCCGAAUUCAAAAGAUGCUAGGAACCUGUGUAUCUCAUACAACUUUUGAUGAUGAUCUUCCUGGUGUAGGCAACCUUAGUGAAUUUAAAAAGCUUCCUGAGAUGAUACGACCUCAGAGUGCCAUAUCAAGCUUCAGAAUAAGAUCCGCUGAUCCCAAACCAGGAGGGCUGCUGGCACAAUUGUGUAAGAGGCAGACUGACUCUCCUAUCUCUGAUCUGCAAACCUGUUCUCAAGAAAAAGCCAAAAUGUCUCUUUGUUCCAGCACAGACUCAGUCAGUGAAGGGCCUCUUCUUAGUGAGGGUAGUUUUUCUGAAGAGGAGGGAGUCCGGGAUGGACGGCCCCUUUUAAAGGUGGCAGAAAUCUUAAAAGAAAAGGAAUUUUGUGCUGGAGAAAGAAAUACUUAUGAACCCAUCAAAGAGUUUCAGAAGGAAGCUGAGAAAUUCUUGCCACUUUUGGGACACAUAGGUAGUACACAAAGCAAAGGACCAUGGGAAGAAUUAGCAAAGGGAAGUCCACAUAGUGUCAUUAAUAUUUUUACCAAAUCAUAUCAGUUAUAUGGAAAAGGGUUUGAAGACAGAUUAGAUAGAGGAACAUCAGCAUCGCGGCCUUUGAAUGUCACUACAACCCCUCUAAGCAGUGUUUCUUAUGAAGAUGAUUUUGUUUCCUCUCCAGGGAGUGGGACUUUGACAGAAAAAAAAUCAUCUCUUGAGCCUAAUAUUGGUGGCAGCAAUAUAGGCACUCAGGAGGACCAUCGUAGCAGAAAGUCUGCCUAUGAUCUUUCCUCUGUUGAAGUUACUUCCCAGCAUUCAUCUGGAGCCCAGUCUGUUGCAUCAUCUCGUUCAUCUACUUCUUCUAAAGGAAAGAAAGGAAAAAAAGAAAAGAUGGAAUGGUUGGAUUCAUUCACUGGAACUGUUCAAAACACACUUAUUGAUGAGGAAAAAGUACAGUCUAGUUCAGAACGUGGUUCCCAUCAAGGAAAGAAAUCUGGGACCAAUAGCAAACUCUCUGCUAAAGAUUAUGAGCAAACUCUUGACGUUGAUAGCACUUUGGAAGAACUUUCUGGGCAUUCUGUGAGUCUCUCAUCAGACAAGGGAAAAACUCCAAAAACUCCAACUUCUCCGCUAUCUCCAAGUUCCCAGAAAUUGUUACAGUUCGACCUUCCUGGGACUUCCUUAGAAAAAUCUAAGUCCUCAGUGAUAAUUCCCGCAAGUACAACAGGAUUUAAACCCAGUGCAUCUUUUACUGAUGUGAACCUGGCUGCUAGCAGAACAGCCACAGAGAUGACUUCAACACCAGGUUCGAAACGCUUUUCUCCUGCUGGCCUCCAGCAUCGUAUGACAGCAGAACUCAAUUAUCUGAGUGCCAUUGAGGAGUCAGUGCGCCAACUGUCAGAUGUAGAAAGAGUUAGAGGCAUUUCACUUGCUCAGCAGGAAAGUGUGUCUCUGGCUCAGAUCAUAAAGGCACAGCAGCAACGCCAUGAAAGAGAUUUGGCCCUUUUGAAACUGAAGGCUGAACAAGAAGCUCUGGAAUGUCAGAGACAAUUAGAAGAAACUCGAAACAAAGCAGCUCAGGUCCAUGCAGAAUCAUUACAGCAGGUGGUUAAAUCACAAAGGGAAGUAACCGAAGUCCUUCAGGAAGCAACUUGUAAAAUAGCAGCUCAACAAACAGAGACUGCUCGCCUAACCACAGAUGCAGCUCGCCAGAUCUGUGAGAUGGCAGAAUUGACUCGAACUCAUAUCUCAGAUGCCAUCACUGCUUCAGGAGCUCCUCUUCCAACGCUGUAUGAUCACCAGCAGCAACACCUUCCAGACUUCAUGAAACAAUUGAGGACCAGAGCUGAAACAGAUAGGAUAAGUCAAUCUUUUUCACUCUCUCAGAGUAAAGAAGAGACCCUUGACACAAAGCAUCAAAAGUAUUCCCCUUCAUUUGAUACUUACUCUGAGUCUUCAAGAUACAAGAAUCAUGAUCAAAGAAGUAGUAGCAGUAGCAGCCGUCAAGAAAGUCCUUCAGUUCUGUCUUUUAAAGAAAAUGAGAAGAAACUUUGUGGUGAAAAUAUGGAGAGUUCAAUUGAUGAACAGGUUCAGACUGCUGCAAAUGAUUCUUUACGAAGUGAUAGUGUUCCAUCUCUUCCUGAUGAGAAAGAUUCAACUUCUGUUGCAACAGAAUAUUCUCUGAAAUUUGAUGAAUCCAUGACGGAAGAUGAAAUAGAAGAAAAAUCUUUUCGAUCUUUACUACCUUCUGAGAGUCAUCGCAGAUUUAACAUGGAAAAGAAAAGAGGCCAUCAUGAUGACUCUGAUGAAGAAGCUUCCCCAGACAAGACCACACUGUCUUCUGCCAAGGUGUGUUUCCGUUUGCCUAUGGAGGAGCUGAGCAUGCCAUUCUCAGGAGGACAAGAUAGCUUUUCUAAAUUUACUAUGGAGAUGGUUCGACAGUAUAUGAAGGAAGAGGAAAUGAGGGCAGCUCACCAAUCUUCACUUCUGCGGCUUCGUGAAAAGGCUUUGAAGGAGAAAACCAAAGCUGAAUUAGCUUGGCUAGAACAUCAAAAAAAACAUCUACGAGACAAGGGAGAGGAUGAUAAAAUGCCCCCACUCCGGAAAAAACAGCGUGGUUUGCUUUUAAGAUUGCAGCAAGAGAAGGCAGAAAUUAAACGUCUUCAAGAAGCCAACAAGGCAGCUCGAAAGGAAAGGCAGCUGAUCCUUAAGCAGCAGGAGGAGAUAGAAAGGAUCCGACAGACCACCAUAAAAUUGCAGGAGAAGUUGAAGUCUGCAGGGGAGAGUAAAUUGGACUCUCAUAGUGAUAAUGAUACAAAAAAUAAUAAGGCAACUAGUCCUGGACCAACUGAUUUGGAGACCCGUAGUCCUUCUCCCAUCUCAGUCUCCAGCAGUGAAACUAGCAGUAUCAUGCAGAAACUGAAGAAAAUGAGAAGCCGCAUGGAUGAGAAACACUGCUCUCCUGUUCACUACUUCUUCUCUGUCUUUACGUCUCAUCACUGGGCCUCUCUCAGUGUUUGUUUUCCCAACCUUCAUCCCAAAUUCCAGCUGUAUAUCUACAACCAGUUGGUCAGGUUUUUGACAAAGCGAGAGCAAAAACUAAUGCAGCGACGGCAACAUGCAGAGGAGCUCCUGGAGUGGAAGAGACGGUUAGAUGCAGAAGAAGCGGAAAUUCGUCAAAUGGAAAAGCAGGCUUUGGCUGCCUGGGACAAAGAAUUAACAAAGCCGAAAACUCCUAAGAAAGAACCAGAGGACCAAAGAACAGAUCAUAAAGAAAUAGCAAGCGAAGAGGAAUCUCCAAUACCUUCCUCCUCUCAUCUAAACAGUGAAAGCUCUAUUCCAGAAGAAUUGGGUAGCCCUGCUGUUAUAUACAUACCAUCUGAAUCUAUUGUACAGGAACAGCCAGGGAGUCCAGAUCACAGUAUACUUACUGAAGAAAUGGUUUUUUCACAGGAACUAGAAUCUUCUACUUCUCCUAGUAAACAUUCACCUCACAAAAGCUGCACAUCUGUGUCAAAACAGGAGUCUAGCAAAGGAAGUCAUAGGACUGGAGGAAUAUGUCGUCUGCCUGCCAAAUCCCAGCAACACUGUUGUAGUUGGUCAGAUGAGUCAUUAUCUAUGACACAGUCAGAAACUACAUCUGAUCAGAGUGACAUUGAAGGCAGAAUCAGAGCUCUAAAGGAUGAGCUGCGGAAAAGAAAAUCAGUUGUGGACCAGUUGAAGAAGGAACAGAAAAAAAGACAAAAGGAAAGACUGAAAGCCCAAGAAGCCAGUCUGAUCAAACAGUUAGAGUCAUAUGAUGAAUUUAUUAAGAAAACUGAAGCAGAGCUUAGCCGAGAUUUGGAAACAUCACCAACAGCCAAACCUCAGAUUAAAACGCUCUCCUCAGCUUCUGAAAAACCCAAGAUCAAGCCCCUCCCACUACACAGAUCUGAAACAGCAAAAACCUGGAAAUCACUAACAGAACCAGAACGUUCCAGAGGAUCCUUGGAAUCCAUUGCUGAACAUGUUGAUGCUUCAUUGUCAGGUUCUGAGAGAUCAGUAUCAGAAAAGUCUUUAUCUUCAUAUGCAAAGAGAAUGAUUGAAUUGGAUAGUCGAACUGAAGAACAUUUGCAGACCCCAUCUCUAAUUCUCAGAUCAUCAAGGAAAACCAGGGCAGAAUCUGGAGAUUCUUUAGAAAAUAUACUUUCAUUACCUCUGCUUAAGGAAUUGAAUGCCUCUAAUAUAAUUCUUGAUGUGUUGGGUGCCAAGGUUGAAGAAUCUAAUCAAAAAUCAGAAAUAAAAGAAGUAGAAUAUGCAAAAUUGGAGGAGAGUGAGAUUGAAGGUGCCUAUUCAAAACUGUCUGGAAAAUCUGAUGUCCUGCUGAAACUAGACCUGAAACAGGAAGACUCAUCUGAAACUGUUUCAAAGAAAGAUUUUCCUUUAGAUUCUGCAAAUGUUCAGAAAGAUUUAGUUAGAUUAUCCAUUGAAAAUCUUCAUAAAAAAGAGGAAAUGUUAAAAGAGAGAAACUCAGAUCAAGAUAUGGAUCACAUUGCAGACAUGCAGUCAGGAGAAGACAUUCAUGAGCAAAAGAACAAAGAGGAAAAGAACUUGUCCUUGUCAGAACAUCAUUUUGCUCUAAAAGACUCGUCAUACUCUGAAGAUUUUGAAGUGUCUUCUUUCAAGAAAGAAAUUUCAGCUGAAUUGUACAAAGGUGACUCUGAAAAGUCAUCUUUGUUGUCACUCAGGAAAGACUCUCAGUCUUGCGGAGAUAAGUCACAGCCAACAAGGAGCUCUAAAAGUAGAGUCAGUGGCUUUGGUAGUGAUGAUGAAAUCAGUGAGUGCCUAAGUGGGAAAAGCCUUUCCAUUCAUAGCAAUGUUCAUUCUGAAAGACUGUUAGAACUUAAGUCCCCUACUGAGCUAAUGAAAAGUCAGGAACGCAGUGAUGUGAAACAUGAACAGGAGGUUACUGAAGCCCCUUCCUUGGCUUCAGUUUCUGUUGCAGAUGAGUUACUUGAUUUCCACAUUGGUGAUAGGGUGUUGAUUGGCAAUGUUCAACCAGGAACUCUUCGGUUCAAAGGUGAAACUAGUUUUGCUAAAGGAUUUUGGGCUGGAGUGGAGUUGGAUAAACCUGAAGGAAAUAACAAUGGAACAUAUGAUGGCAUUGUAUAUUUUGUAUGCAAAGAGAAACAUGGUAUUUUUGCUCCUCCUCAAAAAAUAUCUCAUAUUCUAGAAAACUUUGAUGACUAUAUAGACAUAAAUGAAGAUGAAGACUCUUAUUCAAAUGAACAAUAUCAAAACUAUAGUCAAGAACAAAAAGACACAGAGGGUUCAAAAGAUAUAGAAAAAGAUGGAAUUGGAUGUUUUUAUGAGAAAUCUCUACCUAGUAUGCACAAUAUAGAAGCCUCAGUGAACAGAGAGAGAAGUCUUAAAGUAGAAACAGACAAUACACAGGACAUUUCUGGGGUACUUGAAGCCCAUGUUCAUCAGCAAACUUCAGCAGAUUCACUGAUUUCUUCAAAGGAAAACAAAGACCUUGUUUCUGAUGCCACAGGAAAGGUUUCCAUCACUGCAGAAGAUGAUACUUCAGAUAAUACCUUUUCUGAAGAAUUGAAUAAACAACAGCAGUUUACAGAAAAGGAAGAGAACCUAUAUUCCGAAGUUUCAGAGAAGCUUUCUACUCCACUUCUAGACCUUCUAACAAAAGAAAAAAACCAAUUAGAAGCCCAGCUGAAAUCAUCACUGAGUGAGGAAAAGAAGUCAAAGCAACAACUAGUGACAGUCAGCUUACUGACAGACAGUUUACUGAAAGACUUUGUGAAGGACACAGUCAGUCAGCUACAACAAAUCAAGAAAGCCAGAAAUGAGAAAAUUCAGCUGAGUAAUCAGGGGUUUCUUGAUGAUGACCAAAAGAAAGUAUCAUCCCAGGACCCGUCCCACAGUCUUGAGGAAGAGUCACCCAGUGUUCCAAAUUGCUUCUUAAGGUCUGAAUUAGAAGACGAGAAAGAAGAGAUCUCCUCUCCAGAUAUGUGUCCCAGACCUGAGAGCCCAGUGUUUGGUGCCAGUGGGCAGGAAGAGCUCGCUAAGAGACUUGCUGAACUUGAGAUCAGUCGGGAGUUCCUGAGUGCUUUAGGAGAUGAUCAAGACUGGUUUGAUGAAGAUUUUGGAUUGAGCUCUUCUCAUAAGAUCCAAAAAAAUAAGACAGAAGAAACAAUUGUACCUUUAAUGGCAGAACCUAAAAGGCCACCCCAGAAGCCAUGUGAAACAUUAUUGGCAGUCCCACAUACUGCAGAGGAAGUAGAAAUUCUUGUACAUGAUGCAGCAGAAGAACUUUGGAAAUGGAAAGAAUUAGGCCAUGACCUUCACAGCAUUAGUAUUCCUACAAAACUGCUUGGCUGUGCCAAUAAGGGGCUGGAUCUAGAAAGUACUAGUAAAAGGGUCUAUAAACAGGCGGUUUUUGAUUUAACAAAAGAAAUUUUUGAGGAAAUAUUUGCUGAGGAUCCCAACUUGAAUCAACCUGUCUGGAUGAAGCCAUGUAGAAUCAACUCUAGUUAUUUCCGACGAGUGAAAAAUCCAAAUAACCUGAAGGAAAUCAAGAACUUCAUAACAACUGAAGUACUCAAGUUGUUUAGUCUCAAAAAGGAGCCAAACCACAAAACUGAUUGGCAGAAAAUGAUGAAAUUUGGAAGAAAGAAAAGAGACCGAGUGGAUCAUAUCCUGGUACAGGAGCUCCAUGAAGAGGAGGCACAGUGGGUGAACUAUGAUGAGGACGAGUUGUGUGUGAAGAUGCAGCUGGCCGAUGGGAUAUUUGAGACCUUGAUCAAAGAUACUAUUGAUGUUCUGAAUCAGAUCAGUGAAAAACAGGGGAGAAUGCUACUUGUGUGACAUCUUGCAAAUAAAUUGAACACUGAGUGCUAACAUGAGUCCUGGGCCUUUCUGCCUCCUGAUAGACACCCCAUCUCCAUCAUAGCAAGAGUGCUUCCGGACCUUGCACCUCUUCUUAUGGACUGCUGUUUUAGAACUCAUGAGACAAUGCAGUAUAUCUGGUAUUACAGCCUUUGCCUUUAGAGACUGUCCACUGGAUUACUUGGUUAUUUUUGAUGGGCAGGGUCACACUCCUGAUGUUGAGACGCAGUAUAACCCUAUACUUCUUGUUAAUACCCUUCCUAGAUCUCAGAAGAGGGCUGAGAACACCAGAAGCACCUCUGAGCUUAGACAAGGGUGUCACUUCUUGAGUCUGAAGUCAGGCAAGCAAGAUACAUAGAUCAAUUCGUCAUAUUAUUUUUGAAAUGUAAUCCUGUUCUAUACCAUGAAAGUCAUAAUGGACAUUAUAGUAUUAAACAGUAUUAAACUCUUAACCACUUCUAAAAUAGGCAUGUUUAGGGUCUGCCUAUUUCACAUUCUGGAGUUUAUUCCAUUGCUUUUUGAAGACCAUUUUCUUCCAUUGUCGCAAUUGAGCAGCACCAAGCGGACUGUGAAGUUAACAGAAAUAAAUGGUAGCCUUGCUUUCUGAGCACCACCUAAAGAACUGUAAACCUUUGUGUUACACUUAUUUUUCCUGUCUGGGCAUGAAAACAGAAAUGCCCCACUGAAGACUGGCUCAAAGGACUUCUGCAGGGCUGGUUCCUCUGCCCCUUUUCUUACCCCUGCACUUUUCUUACUCGUCCUGAACCUCUACCAGCUGCUCCCAGAAUCAGAUACUCAGGACCAUCUCAGGCAUCCAGGCAUGGCAAAAGUGGAAAUAAUUCAUUUUGGCCUUCAAACUUUCAACUCCCAUCUCUCCCCAAGAAGUCAGAGACGCUGUUACUUGAAUGAUUUAGGAAAUGAGUGUGUGCACCAAAGACAAAAAGAUAUUGUCUGUAGUUUGUGUGCUUGUUUUGCUCUAUGGAACUUUUUUUAAUUUAUUUUAAGAUAAAUUAUUAAGUUGAAAACGUGCGUCCCUAUUCAGAAGUGAAAGAUUCUUCUUGUAAUAGUUAAACCUCCGUCUUGAAGCUUCUGUGGUUCAUAGUCUUUGCACAGGAAACCUAUGGUUUUAACAAACCCAAACACACAUGGAAGAGGUCAGUUAAAUUCAGUGAAAAGAAGAUGAGCUUUCCUAAGAUCACCUGCAGUAGCCGGAAUGGGAUAAAUGAUUUAAAGACACUGUAAAAUUUAAUUCUGCCUCUCUUACAGCAUUGCUUUUCACAACUAUUACCUGUAUCUGAAACAAAUCUAGACUCCAGCUGCUACAUUCGAGCAUAGAAGAUGCUCUCCUGGGACCUCAGUACCUGCCUUCCUGCCUGGUUCCUCUGAAUCAGUCCCCUCCCUCUUCACAUAAUCUAGAAGAAUGUGGAUAAUCUUAGGCGUGAAUGUAAAUGCCUUAACCUUGAAGGUCCUGAUUAGAAGCAUGAUAUAAGACAUCCACUGGAUUCAUAGUUACAAAUAUCCUGGAAUGUUAUAGCUUCAAAAUGUGUUAGAAAAACCCCAAAGAUGGUAUGAUAUUUUAAGUGUGCACGUUUUUUCAUUUCUGCAUCUUUCCUCCACACUCGCCUUUGUGUCUUAAGUGUCUCACUAUGCACACGUCCGUUCAUCUUCAGUUUCACCCUGUCAUUACAAGAAACUUCCUGAAGUAAUCAUUGGAAUAUUUGCAUUUUGCACAAUGACUGGUGUGAUAGCUCUUGACAAAUAAGGAAAGCACUGAAAUAUUGUGAUUGGGCCUGGGGAAAUGCUCAGAUUGAUGUAUUAACAGCAUUUCUUCUGUGCCUUUGAUGUUGAGCUGUAGUCUUGUAGCCAUAAUGAGCAAAUUGACUAAGAGAAACAAAGGUUUCUCGGGGUUAUUAACCAGUAGUGUGGAAAUAUUAUUUUCAUGUGGCCAAGGAAAAGCAAAGACAUUUCUUUCCACUUUGGUUACUUGUGGCAAAAACAUCAUAUCAGCAUCCUUUGGCUGUUUGUAGGAUCACAUUGUCCUUAUAAUACUGAAACUUUACAGCUGCUGUAAAUUUUUUAUAAAUGAAUAUCAAAGUACUAUAAUAGGAAUCUAGUUGUUUUUCUACAUCUUCAUUAUUUGGACCUAAAGUCAGUUUUUAAUAAGAAAAUUUAUCUUUACUCCUUAUGACAUUAUGACUCCAGGAAAGGAAAAGAGUGCUGCUGUAAGUCCAUGGCGGCAGGGAUCUGGACUCGGAGCCCCGGAGGAAAGGCUGCCAAGAAUACAGCAGUGGCGUCCUGCUCUCCGCCAGCUGUCUCUGCCACCCAGAGUCCAGGGCUCCAUAGAGGGGCAGGAGAGUCUUACUCGUUGUUAGAAAUGAUCAUCCAUAGUUUGGGAGCAGAAACAAAGGAAUUUAUAAUUAACAGAUUUCUGAUUAUUUUAACCACUUGGAUCUAAUUGAAGUAGGUUUAUCGUUAGGAAUGGUAAACAUGGAUACCCAGCCACUCAUUCCGCACUGGGAUCUUUUUAAUCAAACUCUGCCUCUUAACCAAGAACCUAAAGAGUCCCUCUUUCUAAUCUUUGCUCCUUAUCCCCGCACCCCAUCCUCUUUUCAGUCUUCAUAAUUCCUCUAAGAAAAAUAUCUUUGCAUCAGCAGUAAUAUCUUUUAGAAUAGCACUAUCAGAAUUUAGUAGUAAACCAACAUGUAGGCUUCAGAUCUACUUCUGAGUCCAAAACAAUUUGUGCUCUCCAGAGCAGUUGACUCUGGGUUAAAUAAGUACAGGGUAUAGAUUCCCUCUUCAGGUCUAAACAGGAAUUUUUACUCUAGGGAAAGUGGGAAGAGCUCAAAAGUAGUUAAUAAGGAAGGUAAUUUGUUUUUCUUUUUCCUAAAAGAAAAGAAAAUUCCUUCUGUGACUACAGGUCUCUGAGAAAUUAUCUUUCAAAAGAGAUUUCGUUGCUCAUCAGAGUGUUGUGGCCUAUUGAUAAAAAAAAAAAAAACAAUUUUGUUCACUUUCUUGUCUUGAAAAAAAGUGGCCUUAGCUUUUUGCAAUACUUGAAUAAAGUGUGUACUCGCAAAAGAAUUUCUGUAGCACAGCGUUAGAGACUCAUAACUUUUCUGCAAGAAAUUCAAACUUACAUCUUCCUUUUACUACCUUAAAAAUACUAGUGAAUAAAACAUUAAUUCAAAGAGCAAGCGAUAGAAACUACAAUGAUGUUUAAUGCAAAUUGUAGGAAUUUACAUGUUUACAAACCAUCUUAAACUGGUUGUGCAGCAAUUCAAUAAAAUAUCUUUGUAUUAUAAAAAUGUGAAGAAAAAAUGUAAACUGAUGUAAAGGAGGUACUGUCAUUUUAAUUAACCUAUGUUUAAUAGCUUUUCCUUCUGGACUUUGCAAAGCCUUCUUGGUAAAUACAUUGCAAAGCAUUUUCUGGGAGGCUUGGCCUCCUUGUGUGUACUGUACUGUGCAGACAUGAAAAAUAAACCCGUUUACUGUGUACGUGUAAAUCGCCUGUCAUCAGGCAUUUCCAGCCAAUAGUCACAUCCAGUGCAGCUCUGCACAGAAGACUUGGGGUGUGGUUUGUAAGUAUGACCUGUAAAAUAACUGGGACGAAUUCCCAUGUAAACCUGUGUAAAUAGAUUUGUUAACUAAAAUGUACUUUAAGAAAAGAAAAUCUGUAAAUAAACUGAUUUAUAAGUUA